AUGGGAGAAAAGGGAAUAAAGACCAGUCAUGAGGAUAUACGUGAGAAAAUGAAAAAACAAGCUCAGAUAUUUAUAAAUGAUAUCAGCACCAUUUUGGCAGAAGCAUUGCAAGAGUCUGAGAAAGAUGAGAGAAAAUAUAUAGUGGAAAUAGCCCGACAUACUGCGGAGGCUGAGAAUUUUGAACAAACUUUGGAUCAAAUGAUAGAGAAAUGGGAAACACUUACAGAUUCAACUCAUCCUGUCGAACUUAUUUUGUAUCGAAAGCAAAAUCCUGACAUAUUUAAGCUAUUGAAACUUCCAAACAAACUAAGUAUUGUUAUGCCUUCGUUUUCAGUUGGUCAGAUUAACAAAUCUCAAAAUAAGCAUCAAUUUGGCAAGCUAAUAACAAGUAAGGUUAACUUGAUAAAAUCACCCGUUGAAAGCUCAAAACAUAUACAGCCAACUAUGUCUGCAAAAGGAAAUAAAUCCAAGAAAAGAGUACUGGAGCGUUCAGUAAAAACAAGCCAAAUAAAAGCUGAAAAGAGAAAGUUAUGUUACAUGGCUUGCCGUGAUGAUAGAUCAGCGUACAUCAGUGGUGAUGGUCCUGGAAUACAACUGAUAGACAGGUCAGGGACAGAGCUGGAUAACAUCAGUAUGACGGAGAACCAAUUGGCCUGGCUGUGA